UUUAUGGUCUGCAGCUGGAGUUGUCUUUUUCUAUUUAUCACUGGACAUUUUUCUUAUUUUUUUCAAAUCUGACAACAUCCUAAUAAUCUUUUUUAAAGGCUCAACAAUGUCUCAUGAUGAUAACACACCAUCACCCAUGGCCCCCAAGGCAGAGGCAAAGCUCAAAUGCAAGAUUUCAGCCUCCCGCAAGCUCUCAUUGAAGAUCCUCUUGCUGGCUCGUGCGACAGAAGAGCUGGAGGCAGAGAAAGCUGCAAGAGAGGAAGAGAAGGUUCGCUACCUGGGAGAGAAGCUUCCACCGCUGCAGCUCAUUGGUUUAAACAUGGAUGACCUGCAGAAACUGUGUAAGCAGAUUCAUGCAAAGAUUGAAAUGGUGGAUGUGGAGCGGUACGACUAUGAGUCCAAAGUCAUUAAGAACAACAGAGAUAUCAAUGAAUUGAAUCUAAAAGUGCGGGACCUUGGAGGGAAGUUCAAGAAGCCAGCUCUGAGGAAGGUGAGAGUGUCAGCGGACGAAAUGAUGAGAGCUCUCUUUGGAUCCAGAAACAAGGGCUCCAUGGACCUGAGGUCAAACCUCAAGUCUGUAAAGAAAGAGGACAUAAAACAAGAGAAGGAGCUGAACAUGGAGGUGGGUGACUGGCGUAAGAACGUGGAAGCCAUGUCUGGUAUGGAGGGCAGGAAGAAGAUGUUUGAUGCCUGA